AUGAGUGGCAACAAUUCGGCGAAACAGCAGACUGCAGAUGCAGGUGGAGCACAGGCGGUGCCUCCACCAACGUCUAUGGGGCGACCACCAACCUCACAGCUCUUUUCACGCGGUAAUCUGGUGAGCAGACGCUUGUCGGCCGGCGAAAAGACGGCGCAGGCUCGACCCUCUACUGCCGUGCGAGCCGUUGGCUAUGCGGCCAGCAGCAGCUCGACGGGUCAACAUUUCGACCAGUUCUUCAUGGAGAAGGCAAAGCAGCAGACCAUGUUCUCGGCCAAUGCCACCUUGGAUGCAGCCAAAGAAGUCAACCCACAAACCAAGUACAAAAAUCUCGAAAUGAAAAUAGUUAAGCUGCUAGAGUCUUCGAUUGUACUGGCAGGUCGUGGAGUGGCGGCAAUGCGGUCAAGCGGCUCAGAUCCAGGAGCUAAGUCUGUGCUGGCCGAAGCGCUCAACAAGGCGAAGGAGGCAUUUUCUCUGGACAGGACCUUGCAUCGCUUUCGUGACCAGCAUGUGGAGAAUAUUUUCCACAACUUCGACUUGACAUAUGCGGUGUUUUUUAACCUGGCCGAACAAUAUGAGCUCAACGAGAUGUACAUCGAGGCUCUCAACACGUACAGCAUUAUGACCAAGAACAAAAUGUUUCCGCAUGUGAAUCAGUUGAAGCUGAACAUGGGAAACAUCUACUUCAAGAUGGGUACGGGAAUCUACCCGAAAGCUAUCAAAAUGUACCGCAUGGCGUUGGACUCGGUGCCCAACAACCUGAAACAGCUGCGCCUCAAAAUAACAGAGAACAUUGGAGUCCUGUUUGUGCGGAUGGGCCAGUAUGCGGACGCAGCCUCCAGCUUCGAGUUCAUAAUGUCGGAGCGGGCGAACAUUCGCAGCGGAAUUCAUCUGCUGCUCUGCUACUAUGCCAUGGGAGACAUAGAGAAGAUUAAGAGCACAUUCCGGAACUUUGUGUGCAGUGUGGAGCCGACGGAGAGCGACAGCGACCUGGAGAAUGAGAACAACAUUAUUAAGCUGCAGCAGCAAGCGGAUCAGGCGCAGUCAAAGCAAACUGCUGAGGUGUCCCUCAUUGGCGCAGAUGCGUUCGGGAUGAAGACUGCGGUGACGACUGGAGGAGACGAUUCCCCAGGCAUGGCCCCCAUCUCGGAAAAGGCCGGUGAGAAGAACCGAUAUGUGCUGCAGGCGCUCAAAACGGAUGAACUAGCGUUGUACAUGAAGCAACGCAAUCAAAGGGAGAAACGAGCGAUUACAAUGCUUGUGGAAUUGAUUUCGCCCAUUAUCGAGGAGAAUUAUAAUGAUGGCUACAAUUGGUGCAUUGAGGUCAUAAAAACGUCGAAUAUGUCCUGGUUGGCGCACGAGCUGGAGCUGAAUAAGGCGCUAGUGUACCUGCGACAAAAUGAGAUCAACCAGGCCAUCGAAACGCUGCAGAUAUACAACCGGAAGAGCGAAGGAUCCAUGACUGCCAGCGCUUUGAUCAACCUCUGUUUCAUUUACAUCAAUCUGGGCAACCUGGACAUGGCAACGCAUUGCGUCAAUCAGCUCCAGGAACUGGGUGUGUUGCAGUCAAACCCAAUGGCGCUGGUGAACGCCAGCAUCGUGGACAUGCAAAAGGGGAACUUGAACAGUGCCCGAGACUACCUGGGCCGUGCACUCCAGCUGCAGCCAUUCAGCUUUGAGGCCAACUACAAUUUCGGCCUCCUGGCCCUGCAGGAACACAACUAUGCGCUGGCCGAGGAGCAAUUCGAGCUGCUGAGGGCGCAACUGAUGGAGCCCCACUCGGCGCAGCACGGCCACAUCUACUAUCAAUUGGCUAUGCUGCAAGAAAGGCGUCAAACUGGAGGAGGCAGUGACUUUAAAUUUGGCUCACCCGGUGUCCUUCAAGCUUAUCUGCAGGUUCUGGGUAUAUCGGCUGUCGAUAUCGACUCGCGCCUAUUCGAAAAGGUCGGUUCGCUUUACGAGCAAAUUCAGGAUCAUCAGGAAGCAAACCAAUAUUAUAAUGAGGCCUAUCGCAUAAAUCCAAGCGACAUUAACAUAGCGAGCUCCAUCGGCUCCUACUACAUAAAGCUUCAGGCUACAGAGAAGGCACUCUACUACUAUGAGCGAGCUGUUCUUGCCGAUCCCAACGAUCCCAACCUGAUGCUGCGCAUUGCAAGCUGUUUUCGAAACUCCUAUCUGCCGCCUAAGCAGUAUUUGGGCAUGUUUGAAAAGAUCUAUUCUCGCUUUCCCGACAACCUCACGUGUGUGCGUGCGCUCAUGCAGGUGACCAAGUCCCUUGGACUGUCCGAUCUCCAUGAUCGGUACGCCCUAGAUUAUGCUCGUCUACAAAAGCAGCAGCUCGAGCGACAAAAUGAACAGCGCUACCAGCAACAGCGCAUAUCGUCAGCCGCUUCGGGUAGGGGCAGCAGUCGUUUAAAGAGUGAGUGCAUGCCCCAAACCUACUUGUACUUACAUGUGGAUCCACUGGGUCCACCUGCCGAACGUCCCCGGACCGGAAUGAUCAGGCCUGACCAGGGAAAUGAUUCCGAUGAUGAUGCAGACAUGAAUGCCGAGAGCUUGUUACCAAUCUAA